AUGUUGGUUCCAAAACCACUCCAGUCCCACCAAACAGAUCCUCAGCCUGAUUUAACGAUAUCUCCUGCCCGGCCCUAUGUCAAUGAUCAUGGUACCUCUCAAGGUGCUUCUCGCAGCGUCUCUCGUGGUAUUUCUCGUGGUGCUUCUCGUCGUGGUGCUUCUCGUCGUGGUGCUUCUCGGUGUGGUGCUUCUCGCGGUGCUUCUCGAAGUGUCUCUCACGCGCCCUCUUAUGGCGCUCCUCAUGACCAUCAGGCUGAUGAAAGUAGAAUUCCAGCUGUCCAGCAUCCUGCUGGUGCUCGUAUUGUUUCUCCGGGAGCCAUCAGCGACCAUGACACCCCACCAUUACCGUUGCUCGCACUCCCUCCUGCUUUCGGUCAUGAAGAGGCGGACAUUGAAGAGGAUGAAGAUGACAUUGAAGAGAAUGAAGAUGACAUUGAGGAGGGCAGAGAUUUUGCAGAAGAUGAUGGCGUUGAUAACGAGCUUGAGGGUGGAGAUUUUGUGCAAGACGAUGAUUUGGAUGAGAUUAUGGAGCACGAGGAGGAUUUUUACGGGAGUGACACCGUCAUGCACCCCCCACAUCACGGUGAUCAAACCUAUCGUGGCAGCACGCAAGCAAGACACCCUACGCAAGCACCUGAUCAUAGCGUGUGUUCACAGGAUGAGGAUGAGGAUGGCGCGGGAGUGGCUGGCAUGGACCGUCAUGAUCGGAAUAACCACACCACUAGCAGGACGGCGCCAAAGCGAUCCGGUCUACAGAGUACUAACAAACAAGUUCCGAGUCUUUUGAACGCUCCCGUAGUCCCAAAUAUCGAUUAUGAUAUCCUCCAGGCUCACCACACGAAAAAUCGUCGACCACGUUCUCCGUCCCCUACGUAUUUGAGCAGUGCACGGAACCACCACCCGAAGACCAAGCGUGCUCGCACAAGAAACUCCCAGUCAAGCGAUGACCGUGACUCUGACCAGCAGGACAACUUGGAGGAUCUCAAUGAGGUCGAUAUCGAUAGUGGGAGGCGCCACCGCACCAAGAACGCGAAGGGUGCUGCUACCAAUCGUGAUGCAACUAAUGUUGGGUUCUACCCAUCACUCUGGCAAAAACUCCUUGACCGCGCGAAGGCUAAUUUCAGGCUCUAUAUUGCUACUUCAGUCCCAUUCCCCGACAAAGAGGAAUCCAUCGGUGGUACCGGAGUCUGUGGUGAAGUGAUCGCGGAAGCGAUCGUACAGUGGCAAGAACAGAAACGCAAACUCGAGAAAGGCUACUACCCUGAGUUCAAAACGGGGAUGGCUACCGUGGUCUUUAACGAUGCCGCGACAUUCCGCAGCAAGAUCAAACAGAUUGUACUUACUGUCGUUCCGAUGGUAUAUGAACUCGCCCUCGGCAUCAACGGGAAUACAACUGAUAGCGUCAAACUCAAGGCAACCGCUUUGCUGAAGAAAGCAAUAUAUUUGCGUGGCGAGCCUGAUUCUGAGGGUCGUGCAUCUAACUUUGCAAACGACGCAGUUCGCAUCGUUUGCCAUAAGUCAUUUUAUGACAAUGGAUCCAAAUCGCUAAAGCAUUUCGCCGAGUUUCAGAAGACCAUCCCGCCCGCAGCGCUCUUCCUCGUUGGGACUAUUAUUCGCAAUGUCAUCUGCAUCUACAGUAAAUAUGGCCAGGUGAAUCGCACCAAGCAGACGCCUAUCGAGGAUUCGGAGAAUGCAUACGAUCGCAUUUCUACGCUGUUCAACUGCACGAACAAAGACGCGUAUCACGGGCCGAAACUUCGUCAAAUGCUCAAAGCUUGGGCAUUGGAAGGCAUGAAUGUACAUGGCGCCGGCCUUGGUGAUCACGAAGGUGACGACAGCUCAGAGUGGGAUGUUGAUCUCGCGUAG